AUGGGUACUAGUAAUACUACUACUGCUGCUGCAACACCAAAGAGAAGAGGUGGAGAUAUAACCAAGAGCAAUGGUACUAACUCCUCCUCAAAGAAAAAGCAAGCGUCUUUGAUGUCCUUCUUCAAACCCAUGGCAGUCAAAAAUGAAAACACCAACAAGAGUGUAGCCAAUGUGUCAUCUAAACUGCCAUCACAACAACAAAACCAUGUAUCUUCUUCAUCCCCCUUGAAGUUUAAAACAAUGGUUAAACAAGAAUUGACAAGUGAUGAUAAAGAAAAUAACGAUACACUAAUGAAUUAUGACGAGGAGGAGGACGAAUUUAGAGACUUGUCAUUUUCGUCAAGUUUAACGUCGCCCCCCGAUGCCAACUCAGUCAAACAGGAGUCUGAACAAACGCUGAAAACAGCAAAACAAAACAAGUUGGAGCACAAUAGAGUUGCUGCUCUCAACUCUAGUCCCAUUAAUUCCAAUCGCCAGGCAAGAAAAAAGGUCAAUUAUGCCGAGUCUGAUUCUGACGAAGAUGAAGAUGACGUUGUUCAAUCAUCUCGUAAAAAAAGAAAAGUUGUUCAAGAUCAAAGUGACGACGAGGAGGAUGAUUUUCAGCCAGUUAUGUCUGAUGGAGAUGACGAUGACGAUAUGAGUGAUUUUGUAGUCGACGACGACGACAACGAUGAUGAUGAAGUUGAGGAGGAGGAUGCUGCUGUUGUUCUGGAAGAGGAAGAGGAUGACGAUAUCCCUAAGCCCAAAAAAACCAGUCGGUCCACUCUCAAACCAAAGUCUACUGCAUCCAACACAACUUCCGAUGUCAACACAUCAUUUAAUUCGAGUGUUUCAUCAACCAAUGACUUGACCGAUAAAUUCACUGCAUCUUCAUCAUAUGACGCGUCAGGGUACCAAACAAAACAGUUUCUGUCUAAACCAUUACCAACAACCAAAAAGAAUUUUGCUAAAGAAAAUGAGGAAAGGUACCAAUGGCUUGUCAAUAUCAAAGAUGCUGAAAAGAGAACUCCCGAUGAUCCCAACUACGACCCAAGAACGCUUUAUAUCCCACAAUCUGCAUGGUCAAAGUUUACUGCUUUUGAAAAACAGUAUUGGGAAAUCAAGUCGAAAAUGUGGAACACUAUUGUGUUUUUCAAAAAGGGAAAAUUCUACGAGCUUUACGAGAAUGACGCUAUAAUUGCAAACACCCAAUUUGAUCUCAAAAUAGCUGGUGGUGGAAGAGCAAAUAUGAAGUUGGCGGGUAUUCCAGAGAUGUCUUUUGAGCAUUGGGCAAAAGAGUUUAUUAGUCAUGGUUACAAAGUAGCUAAAGUAGAUCAAAAAGAAUCCAUGUUGGCCAAGGAAAUGAGAGGCGGUGGAUCCAAAGAGGAAAAAAUUAUCAAGAGAGAAUUGACUGGUGUUUUGACGGGAGGUACUUUGACGAAUUUGGAUAUGAUCACUGAUGAUAUGUCCACUUAUUGUCUCAGUAUUAAAGAGGAUACUGCCGAAGAUGGGUCUAAAAUUUUUGGUGUUGCAUUCGUUGACACGGCAACAUCUGAAUUGAAUCUUAUUGAGUUACAUGAUGACGCCGAGUGUACCAAGCUUGACACAUUAAUCACUCAAGUCAAACCAAAAGAAGUCAUUUGUGAAAAGGGAAAUCUUUGCAAUAUUGCUACGCAAAUCUUGAAAUUUUGUGCCCAUUCAAAUAAUCAGAUUUGGAAUAGCUUGAAUCCAAUCACAGAGUUUUGGGACUACGAUAUUGCUAUUGAGCAGUUGGUUAGAUCAAAGUAUUAUGAAGCUAAGGAUCUAGAUGAUUUUUCAAAUUACCCACCAAUUCUCAUUGAUUUUAAACAGAACCAUUUUGUUGCAUUCAACGCAUUUGGUGGAUUAUUGUCCUAUUUGAAAACGCUAAAAUUGGAUGAGAGUAUAAUGAGUUUGGGUAACAUCAAACAGUACAAAAUUUCCGAAAAUGAAACAUCACACAUGAUUCUUGAUGGUAUUACCUUGAGUAAUUUGGAAAUACUCAACAACAACUACGAUGGUGGUGAUCAAGGUACAUUGCUCAAAUUGGUGAAUCGAGCAACCACUUCUUUCGGUAAAAGGCAUUUGAAGAAAUGGAUCUUGCACCCAUUGAUGCGUAUUGAUGAAAUCAACCUGAGGUAUGAUUCAAUUGAUUAUUUAAUGGGCGAUGGGUCAGAAUUGAGAUCCAUCUUGCAGGAUUGUUUGACACUCUUGCCCGAUUUGGAACGUUUAAUAGCUCGUGUACAUGGUGGAACACUUCGAUUUAGGGAUUUCCUCAAGGUUGUUGAAAGUUUUGAAAGUAUUGCUAGGUUUGCCAAACAAAUGUUGGAAUUUGCCCAUGCAGAAUCCGGGAUGUUGUACAAGUACUUGCAGUCAUUCCCCAAUGACAUGGUUGAGCAAAUUUCCGAAUGGGAGGAUGCGUUUGACAGACAACAAGCGUUGAAUGAUAUUAUAAUACCUGCAAAAGGAGUCGAUGCCGAGUUUGACCAAUCACAAGCUGUCAUUGACGAUUUGGAGAACCAAUUAAAUGAUCUAUUGAAGGUGUACAAGAAAGAAUUCAAGUCACACGAGAUAUUUUAUCGUGAUUCAGGGAAAGAGAUUUAUCUCAUUGAACUUCCUGUGAAAUUAGUUAAACACGUGCCUUCAAAUUGGCAAACUAUGGGUGCAACAUCAAAAGUUAAACGAUUCUGGUCUCCAGAAGUGAAGCAGCUCGCAAGGAAAUUGAUGGAGCAACGCGAGUUACACAAGAUGGUUUGUGAUACAUUGAGAACUAGAAUGUAUGCGAAAUUUGAUGCCCAUUACCCCACUUGGAUGAAAGUUAUCAACUGCAUAGCCAACAUUGAUUGUAUACUUGCCUUGACUAAGGUCUCAGAAUCAAUAGGCUACCCAUCAUGUCGUCCACAAUUUGUACAAAGUGAUCAUGGAGUGCUUGAUUUCAAAGAAUUGAGACAUCCUUGCUUUGUGGGAACAAGAGAUUUCAUCCCCAACGAUAUCCAUUUGGGUGGUGAAGAACCAAAUUUUGGUUUAUUAACGGGGGCCAACGCUGCUGGUAAAUCGACAAUCAUGAGGACCACGGCAUUGGCAGUGAUACUAAGUCAAAUUGGAUGUUAUAUCCCGGCCCUGCUGGCAAGAUUAACCCCAGUAGAUCGGAUAAUGACGAGAUUGGGUGCCAAUGACAACAUCAUGCAAGGCAAGUCGACAUUUUUCGUUGAACUUUCCGAAACCAAAAAGAUAUUGAGUAAUGCUACACCAAAGUCGUUGGUGAUUUUGGAUGAAUUGGGAAGAGGUGGUUCUAGCGGUGACGGAUUUGCCAUUGCUGAGUCGGUGUUACAUCAUUUGGCUACCCAUUUACAACCAAUGGGGUUUUUUGCCACCCAUUAUAAUACAUUGGGUGUAUCUUUCAAACUGCAUCCACAAGUCAAGCCCAUGAGGAUGGCAAUUAUUGUUGAUCAAGAGUCAAGAGAUAUUACAUUUUUGUACAAGUUGGAGAAUGGAACGGCUCCGGGUUCGUUUGGAAUGAAUGUGGCGUUGAUGUGUGGUAUUCCUCGUGAAAUUGUUGAUAAUGCUGAAGUCGCGGCAAAGAAUUAUGAGCAAGUGUCGAGUUUGAAGCGGACUUUUGUUGAAGGGGCUGAAUUGGAGCAGAAAGAGGAUGAUGUCGGUAUGAGUUUAGGUUUGCAAAGUGAUUGCGUGUGGUAUGGUACUGAUAGAAUUGGGUUGUUGAAGCAGGACAUUAUGAAUUACGAAGCUUGUGUUCAAGAAAGGGCUCUUGAAAAUGUCUACACAAUGAUUGAUUCGUUGUAG